AUGGAUGACCUGGAGUCGCUGGAGCUGCUCUCGCUCGUGUCGCGAGUGACAAAUGAGCUCCAGAACCACCUGGGCAUCAACGACAAAACCCUCGCCGAAUUCGUCAUCGACCAACACCUCAAAUGCAAUGGCGUAUUUUCAGAGUUUAAACAGGGGCUAGUUGACAUGGGUGCCGAAUUCCCACAGAGUCUGAUGGAGAGUAUCGAUCGCUUGGUUCUUACCAUGCACCCGAAGUACAAGGCAAAGAAAGCUGCCAAUGGUGACGCGCAAAAUGGUGAUAUCGAUAAUGGCUUGGACGAGUUUGAUGCUUUAGAGAAGAAAGCGCGCGUGUUUAAGGGCCUUGCUGUUCCCGACACCGAAAACCGCUGGGUGGACAACGACUACCAUGAUGCACCCGACGAAUCACAAGAUGGUGCGAUGGAUGAUACAUUCGCCAUGCUGGAGGGAUUGGCUGGAAAGGCAAAGGAUGGCAAACCGCAAACGUCGAGAGACAGGGAGCAUCGCGCUCACAAACGGAGCCGCAGCCCCGAGUAUGAGGACAGGCGCGGACGCCGAGACAGAGACAAAUAUCGCUCGAGGUCCCGAUCGCAGGGGCGCAGCAAAAACGACGACCUUGUGGAUGAGUUUGGAAGGUCGAUUGGCAGAUACAAAGACCGUGAAGACGGCCACCGCAGCGGAAAAAGCGAACGCCGAAGACGACGAGACCGCGACGACGAUGAUUUCCGGCCACCCGUCGAGCUGGACGACCAACCUCAACUUUACAAAAUUUAUGAUGGAACUGUGACCGGUGUGAAGGAUUUUGGCGCCUUUGUCAACCUACAGGGAGUGAAAGGGAAGGUGGAUGGGCUUGUUCAUGUCUCGGCUAUGCAAGAGGGUGUGCGCGUAAACCACCCGUCCGACCUUGUGUCUCGUGGACAGCCUGUCAAGGUCAAAGUUGUCAGUAUACAAGGCUCGCGCAUUGGUCUUUCAAUGAAGGAGGUCGACCAAUCCACUGGAAUGGAUCUUAUUCCUCAAAAAAGGCUGGCCUCAGGUGCGAACAUGCAACGGCUUGAUGGAGGAGGCCCGGAUGAUCGAUAUGGUGGCCUCAGUUCGGAUGUGCCUGUUAUCGAAGAUGAAUCGAACGGCCGGCCGAUGCGGAAUCGGAAACGCAUGACCUCACCAGAGAGAUGGGAGAUCCGUCAGCUGAUUGCCUCCGGUGUGGCUUCCGCAGCAGACUACCCUGAUCUGGAGGACGAAUAUCAUGCUACUCUUACCGGAGAAGGCACAUUUGAGGAAGAGGAGGAUGUCGACAUUGAAGUCAAGGAGGAUGAGCCUCCAUUUUUGGCUGGUCAGACUAAGCAGUCACUGGAGCUUUCUCCUAUCCGUGUUGUUAAAGCUCCUGAUGGGUCGAUGAACCGAGCAGCAAUGUCUGGCACAAACCUCGCUAAAGAAAGGCGCGAAUUGAAACAGCAAGAGGCCCAAGACAAGGCAUCUGAACGGGCAGCCGACGUUGAUCUAAAUGCGCAAUGGCAAGACCCUAUGGUGGCUCCGGAGGACCGACAAUUCGCCUCAGAGCUGCGUAGCAAGGCGAAGGACGAAUCAGUACCAGAAUGGAAACGAGUCACAAUGGGUACGGAAGGCAAGAACCAGUCAUUUGGUAAACGAACCGACAUGCCUAUUAAACAGCAGCGUGAAACUCUGCCAGUUUUCAAGUUCCGCAAAGCUUUACUUGAUGCUGUGGCGGAUAACCAAAUCAUGGUUGUCGUUGGUGACACUGGCUCAGGAAAGACCACGCAGUUGACGCAGUACCUGGCCGAGGCUGGAUACGGGAAUAAGGGUAUCAUCGGCUGCACCCAACCACGUCGUGUUGCUGCUAUGUCUGUGGCUAAGCGUGUCGCCGAGGAAGUUGGUUGUCGUUUGGGAGCUGAGGUCGGCUAUACAAUUCGUUUCGAAGAUAUGACAAGCCCGGAGACCAUAAUCAAAUACCAGACCGAUGGUAUGCUUCAGCGAGAAAUUUUGGUCGAUCCGGAUCUCAAGAAAUACUCCGUGAUUAUGUUGGAUGAGGCCCACGAGCGAACGAUUUCAACGGAUAUUCUAUUUGGAUUAUUGAAGAAAACAGUCAAGCGAAGACCCGACCUCCGCGUGAUUGUUACCUCAGCGACAUUGGAUGCUGAAAAGUUCUCUGAAUAUUUCAAUGGCUGUCCUAUCUUUUCCAUUCCCGGCCGAACGUAUCCUGUGGAGAUCAUGUACUCAAAGGAGCCGGAGUCUGAUUACCUCGAUGCGUCCCUUAUCACCGUCAUGCAAAUUCAUUUGACAGAACCUAGUGGUGAUAUUCUUCUUUUCCUUACAGGACAGGAAGAAAUCGACACGGCUUGUGAAAUUCUUUACGAAAGAAUGAAGGCUUUGGGGCCAUCAGUUCCUGAAUUGGUCAUUCUUCCUGUCUACUCUGCCCUUCCGAGCGAGAUCCAAUCACGAAUCUUCGAUCCCGCACCACCAGGAGGUCGCAAAGUUGUCAUUGCAACCAACAUCGCCGAGACGUCAAUUACUAUCGACCAAAUCUACUACGUUAUUGACCCUGGUUUUGCCAAGCAGAAUGCCUACGAUCCGAAACUCGGAAUGGACUCCCUUGUAGUGACACCCAUCUCGCAAGCCCAGGCUAAACAGCGUGCUGGUCGUGCUGGACGAACAGGCCCAGGAAAGUGUUUCCGGCUAUAUACCGAGGCAGCCUAUCAAUCGGAAAUGCUACCAACAACUAUUCCCGCGAUCCAAAGACAGAACAUUUCAAACACGAUUCUCAUGUUGAAGGCGAUGGGCAUUAAUGACCUCCUCCACUUCGAUUUUAUGGACCCGCCACCCACCAACACUAUGCUUACUGCCCUGGAAGAAUUAUAUGCUCUGUCCGCAUUAGAUGACGAAGGUCUUCUUACUCGCCUAGGUCGAAAGAUGGCCGACUUCCCCAUGAUGCCAGCUUUAGCGAAGGUGCUCAUCGCAUCUGUGAACAUGGGUUGCUCUGACGAAGUGCUAUCAAUCGUGGCAAUGUUGUCCAUCCAAAGCCCAUUCUACCGCCCCAAGGAAAAGCAACAACAGGCCGAUCAGAAGAAAGCCAAAUUCCAUGAUCCCAUGGGUGACCACCUAACCUUAUUGAACGUCUAUAACGCGUGGAAGAAUUCUGGUUUCAAUAACUCAUGGUGCUUCGAGAAUUUCAUCCAAGCAAGACAAAUCCGCCGCGCUGAGGAUGUCCGCAAGCAGCUUCUGAGUAUCAUGCAAAGACAUAAGCACAAGAUCGUUUCCUGUGGCCGAGACACCACAAAAGUACGACAAGCACUCUGCACUGGGUUCUUCCGCAAUGCUGCCCGUAAAGACCAGGCGGAAGGUGGUUAUAAGACGCUCGUCCAGGGUACGCCUGUGUAUCUUCAUCCGUCUUCUGCGUUGUUUGGCAAAGGCUCCGAGCACGUUAUCUAUCACGAGCUGGUUCUCACGACUAAGGAGUAUAUGCAUUACACUACGUCUAUCGAGCCGAAGUGGCUUGUUGAGGCUGCGCCCACGUUCUUCAAGGUUGCACCUACAGACCGUUUGUCUAAGCGCAAAAAGGCUGAGCGUAUCCAGCCUCUGCAUAACCGCUUCGCUGGCGAAGAUGACUGGCGUCUUUCCGCCCAGCGCCGUGGAGGAAGAGGAGGUGGUGGUGGAACCUGGGGUUGA